GGUAGAAUUAAAUGGUUUUAAUUUUUAAAUUUUAGAAUAGAAAAAUGUAAACACUAUUGUUAAUUCGUGAAAUAGACUUGAUUGUUUAAUUUAUAGUGAAAAAAUUAACUGAAUGUUGUCGAUAAAGUAUUUAUUUAAAAAUGACCAAACUAAUUUCCCGUAACAUUCUAUUAAUUUCAGUAAGAUAUUUUCACUAUAAACUAAUAAGUUAAGUAUAUUUCACGAAUUAACAAAAGUGUUUACGUUUUUGUUUGCAAGACUUCUUUUUCUCAACGAAUGACGUCACAAGAGGGUGUUUGGCAUAAUCUUGUAUUUUAUCAUUAUUUUUAAGCCUAGGGAUUUUAAAUCGAUUUUUCCAAAAAUAACCAGGAAAGUUUAUCGAUAUUUGUAUAUGUUGCUGCAGUUUAUAAAAGUAAAUGUGCUAUAAUGAGGAAAAAGGAAAUUGUGUUUGAUUCAGAAAAAAGGAAAAACUUUUUGAGUGGUUUUCAAAAACGAAAAAAUGAACGUCGAGCUCGUGCCAAAGAACAACUUGAGCGAGAUAUCAAAGAGGAACGCAAGAGGAUCAGAAAUGAUGUUAAAAACAGUAUGGCAAAUAUGAAGAAAACAUUUCAACCACUUGUCCUGGAUCCCGAAAUAGAAGAAAAGGUACUUGAAAAGGAGUAUGAAGACGAUGAAGUCGAAAUAAAUGUUAUAGAAUUGGCACCAGGAAAUAAAAAUUUGGAUGAAGAAAGUGAUAACGAUUCUAACGCAAGCGAAGCCUUUGACGAAGGAUCGCAUAUAAAUUCUAUACCAGGAAUGGAAUUCAAGGUUGAAACAGUAAAAAAAGAAAAGGAUACGAAACUUAAACAACCAGACAACACAUUGUCAGAGUUAGGAAAAAUUGGAAACAAAAAAAUGUUAGAUAAAUUAAAGAAAAAGAAAGCAUUAAAAGAAUUCAAAAAAAGUAAGAUUUUCAAACAAAAAGAACGUGCAGAUAAGAAGAAGCAACACAAAACUAGACGUGGACUUAAGCAUUCUAAAUCUAAGUCAAAUGGAAAUGGUGCAUUUGGAAAUAAAAGUAAACAUAAUCAAUUCAAGCGAGGCCAUUCUUCCGGACGUAGAGGGCGGAGAUAGUACAAUAAUAAUUAUAAUCUUUAAUUAAUUCGGGCAUUUGUUAUUAAAGUGAAAACUAAAUUGGCGGUUUCAGCGAAACCAACAAAAGUCCGCUUAAGCUGUCUUAAAGCCGAAAAUUAAAUACGGUUUUAAAUAUGUAUAUAAUAAUAAUUUUUGUUUUAUUUUAAUUGAAACCUUAAAAAAUGAUUAAAUUUUCAUCUAUUGUACAAUAUACUUGUAGUCUUUUGUUCACAAUUCAUGUGGAACUUUCAACUUCAGUUGUAAGUAAAUUACUAUUGUUUACUAUAAAGCAAGAUUAAUAAUGGAAAUUAGAAGUAGUGGUACAGUUAUAUAAUAUGCAGUAUCUUGAAGAAAUCGCAAAAAAUUACAAGUAGAUAAUGCAAUUUCCCCUACACUAUUGCAUACAUUCCUACUUAAUAUUACAUACUUGCUGCACUGUGUGCUAGUUUCUUAUUUUUACUUAAUAAAUAUUUUUUACUGCGUCUCUGUCAAA